AUGAGUGAGCCAACCGUGAACUUUCAUAUUCAGACGAGGCUAACGGAAUUCAAAAUUCCUACGGAAUUAAUUAAGAAGAAUUUUAAAGCUAUUCAAAAGCAAAUAGAGAAACAAAAGAAAUCAGUUGGUGAAGAUGUGGCAAAAAUCAAGAAAAACAGCAAAUUGCCCACGGCAAUAAAGAUUGAAAUGAUAAAUAAAUUGAUAAAGAGUUUCGAGACAUUUCAGAAGAGAUUACAGACAUCCAUAAGUAGAGACGAAAUAUUUAGGUCUAGAAUAAUGGCUCGUUUAGAAAACUUAACUGAAUUAACUAAUUACACUAUCAAAACAAAUGCUGUUCCUGAGUUGAAUGCUAGUCCAAUUGACUCAGACGAUAAUAGAGACGAAAGCUUGGCUACACCGAAAUCUAUGGAGGAUGAGGACAGGCUUUUGGAUUUGCACAAUGUUAACUUAAUUAACUGGUAUAGAGAUCAAACCAAUUUGCUAAUUAUUGAUUAUUUGAUUAAGUCCAAUACAAGAUCAGAUCAGAAUAUCGGGUUGCAGUUAUUAAAGAGCAUAUCUCAAACAAAUCCCAAAUUUACGAAACUUAUUGAUUACGAUUUAUAUGAUAAUUUUAACAAGGUGUUUGUUUCAAUAAUAGAAAACCAUGAUCUUUCAUUAGUGAUUGCCUGGUUCAAUGAGAAUAGGAAUUUCUUGAAAAAAGCAAAUUCCAAUUUAGAAUUUGAAAUAAACUAUUGCAAAUUUUUGUCACUCAUAGAAGAAGGUGAUGUGAAUGAAGCAAUAAAGUAUUCCCAAGCGAACCUUUCACCAUAUGGGAAUAAAGGUAAUUACCAGUCUCAAGAAUUUAUAAAUCAUGAAAGUAAUUUGAACAAACUAAAAGAAAUAGGUGGUUUGUUGGUCUAUAUGGCUAUUAAUGAAAAAGCUAGUACACAAGUCGAUAAAAGUAUCCCUUUUUCAAGUUCUUUAGUUAUCAGAUCUCCACGGUUUAAGGAAUAUAAGAAGUUAUUAUCGAACGAAAGAUGGGACAGUUUAUCUCAGUGUUUUAUUGAAAAUUUUACAAAGCUAUAUGGUAUUUCCAGAAAUUAUCCGUUAUUCAUAUAUUUAUCUGCUGGAUUAUCAAGUCUAAAGACAAAAUCAUGUUAUUGUAAUACCGAAAACACUAUUUUCAAGCAAUACAUUGAAUCAUUAGAAUCUAAUGAGAAUGUGUAUAAGAAAGAUUUAGCAGUAUUAACAGAUAAAAAAUACAGGGGCCCAAAUAAAUAUUAUAAGUUGUUGAACAAAAUAAAUCAUUGUCCGGUAUGUUCACCUGAGCUAUAUAAAUUGAGUAAGAAUUUGCCUUAUGCUCAACUAAUUACAAGCAUUUUCAACAAUCCUUUCAAGUUACCGAAUGGAAAUAUAUAUCCAUUCGACAAAUUGCUAAACCCAUCAGAGAAAUAUUUAUCAGAGAAAAACACACUAUUAAGGAUGGGAAAGGUUAAAGACCCUUUGACUCGUGAGAUAUUCCUUAUUGAUGAUUGUGUAAGAGUAUAUCCUGCUUAG